AUGGCAGUGGAAGGAAUAAUUAAUACUGGUGUAUCUUGAGGAUGGCUGAUAUCUGGUACAGAUAGAUAUCACAUUAUUAAAUACCAAAAACAUGUAUGAAACCCUGACACAAAACCAAGGGGCUAGCCUUUUUUUUUCCUUCUUCCUACAAAAGAGAGCGAGGGGUCUAACCAUUUCUCUCCCCCACUAGUAUCUCCACACCUGCAGUGACACAACAACACCCUGCCGGCACAUUUUGCUGUGUGUUGCUCUCAUCAGUCGUCGUCGCAGCCUACCUAGCUAGCCCAGCUAGCUAGCUGGCUUUUGGAUCUGAUCUGCUGCCAAAUUCCCCAGAGUGCCUGCUGCGCAGAUCGGUCGAAUUCCAAGCAGGAAGGGGUUGUCGUCACGGACUGCUAGGCUCAAUCCCUUCAAGCCAGCGACCAUCUCAGCUUCUUGCCCAAGUGCAGCCUGCAGUUCCAGUUGUUCUUCCUCCAGAGAACAAGGACUCGUCCCGUACGUACGUGUGAGUGCGAUGACUCCUCCCGUGUCAGAGCCAACUAAUCCACCGCAAUUGAAGGAUCCCGUUGUCGUCGACGUGAGUGUGACUGCUUCUAAGAGCAACGAUGAUGCCCAAGAUGAUGUGUCGUUAGUAGGGUUGGGUGGCACUGGCAGCAGCACAUCCGCCACUGACAAGAAUAGGUUGCUGCAAGUAGCAGACCCACCAGCACCCAUGAAAACCUCUGGCGGUGUCGAUGUGAGCAUGUCUCGCAUGAAUGAUGACCAGGGCGAUGUGCUAGGAUUGAAUGCCUUCAUGGCAAAGAAGAGGCUGCUUUCAACACAUGCUGCCUCUUUGGCCGCAGAUGCCGAUGCUGAAGAAGAGGCAAAGGCCGCCGCGAGGAAGAAGACACGGCUUGGUUGGGGUCAGGGCCUUGCAAAGUAUGAGAAUCGGUACAAUAAGAAGGAUUAUGAGAACACACAUAAAUUUUUAGCUCAUGAUGGAGCCACUCGUGAAGCUGCUUCUUCUCACGGAUCAUGUACGCCGCCACCAGGACGAAGCAAAGGUCGCCAUGGCAAAAAUAAAAGCUUGGACAUGGCAGAAAUGAGGGUUUCCCGAGCUACUACUGCGUCUGCAUUCUCCAAAUGGUCUAGUCCACUAACAGGAGAUCUCAACGAUUCUGGGAAGAAUGGAAGCAUAGGCAGCUUGACUGGAAAAGUUGUUUUUCCUUCUGAAGUGUCUGGUUCCUGUGGCAAGCAUAGCCCCACACCUGCAGCUGUAGGCAGCAGCAGUCCUGGCGGUAGCAGCUUGGUCAUUACUGAAAAGGUACUUUGCUCAGCAGCUGUUGUGCCUUCUUCACCUCAGGGACGCAGUACUGCUAGUCUGCCACCAGGAGAUCGUGGAAGUAUCGACAGCAAGAAUUUGACUGACAAAGCUGCAGUGGACAACAGUGAUCCUUGCAUUAGCAGUUCAAGCAUGAUGACAGUAAUGGCGGUGGUGCCUGAUCAGCUUACAUCCUCUCAGCGAUGUGAUCCACCAACAGGAGGCAUUGAUGAUCGCCCAAAUAUGAACAACUUGACUGAAACCAUUAUUGUCCCUAAAAUGUCUGUCGUCCCACGCAAAGAGGACACCAGUGAUCCUUAUAUUAGCAGUUCAAGCAUGACGGCAAUUGUGGUGUCUAAGCUUGGUUCCUCUACGGGAUGUGAUGCACCACUGGGUGAAAGUAGCACUGAAUUGACAAAUGCUCAAGAUAUUCCACAGAAAGUCAUUUCAGAAGGUAAGCACAAUAAUGAGGCAGUUUGCAUCACAAAGUCUUGGUCUAAGAUGAAGGAAAAUGUACCACAAAGUGUUCUCAUUGCAAACCUUGGCGACCAAGGAAAUUGUGUGGUUAGUGGAUCAUGUGGACAGGAUACCUUGAAACUAAUAACUUCACUUGAUGAGAGUUGUGCUAAGGUAGCAAAUGGUACAAUUAAUGGUGCCGAGAUCCGAAGUGGAGCUAAAACUCCUGAACUCGGUUCUUCAAUGAAGGGAUGCAAUGAUGGUGGUAAGAAUCAUUCAUGGAAAGCACCAGAAAAGAAGGUGGCCAACUCAAAUAUUGAUGAUGGUAGAAAGGCCCCAUCAGAUAUGAAAACCCUUAAUAGCAAAGGCAAACCUUGCAUUGAUUUUCAUGCUGCAUUUGUACAACAUAUGAUGCAGUUAGAUGAAGAAACGGAUACAGACUCAGAAAAAACUGAAGACAUGUUCAUAGGCAGGGAGGGAAAUAAUCACUUGAGCUGCGAAGUGAAUUCAAAGAAGCGGAUAGAAGGAAAUGAUCUCAAUGCAUACAUGGAAAAUCCUACAAAGGGUAGCAGUUUCUGCAUUGCCACUAAUAAUGGUGCUGUAGUAAGACAUAAUCUUAUGCAGCGACCAAGGGCUUCAGGAGCUCUGUAUACAUACUCAAGAGCUAAGGAGUGCAAUGGUAUUAAUUUGUGUCGCAAUGUGACUUGUCAGAAGGGUAAAGGUGUUAUCCAAAGGCCUGAAGUAGUGAAUGAUCUCAAUGCAGCUCCUAUGCAGAUCUCAGAUGGAGCACCCAAGACUAACCAGCAUCUGCCAUCAAGUUCUGGUGGUGCUGCCUUGGACAUAGUUUAUGGAAACUCUUCUUACACUGCAAUGGAUAUAGAUCUCAAUGUACCUCUUGAUGUGACACCCCAAGACCUUGAGAACAGUCAUGCUGAAGCUUCUUCCAUGGGUCCCAGUGAUCCUCACCAGGCAACACAUAACGUACCACAAACUACUCAGCCGCAGACUGCUAAUCAACCAGCAGCCUCCAUUAUGCUUUUUGGUCGUGUCAUCUAUGAAGCCCUGUCCACUGGUACAGCAAACCGUACUCCCAAUCUGCAGGGAAACCAGGCUGUUGUCCCUUCGAGGAACAUGCCGUCCACUACUACUAACAUUUGGAGAGGUGGCCAAGCAUAUGCUUCAUGGGCUACUACCACUAGCCUUUGGAGAGGCAAUAGUGUCUCAAACAACCAGCAAGGCCGGCAGCAGCAAGCAGUGUUGUCAAAUUACAGAAUGCCGCCUUACGGUGGUUCGACGGCGGCUAAUGGUGCAGCAGCAGCGGCGGUGGCGGCGGCGGCGCUACUCCAGCCUGGUAGCAGUGCGGCACUUGUCAACCUGUUGAACCAGCAUAGACAGCAGGGUCUAGUAAACACUACUUCUCCAUACAGCAUAAUGAGAGGUGGUGUACCCGUGCCCUCUCAUCUGAUAGCAGGAAGCAGUAGCAAUAAUGGCUCCAAUUCGGUCCAACAGCAGCAGUGGCCAAUAAUCCCUAUCCUGGAUACAAGUAGACUGGUGUUCGGCUACCCUUUCUACUACCCUGCAGCCACUGCAAACCAAGCUCCUCCCGCUACAGCUACUGCCAUGCCAACUACUGGAACAAAUAAUGGAGAAGGCGCAUCAACAAGCAGCAAUAGGGCUCCAUCAACGGCGGCAGAAAGAGGGAGAGGAUGGAAUUCAUGGCUCUCACUUCGCCGCAAUUAGUCAAAACAUGUAGUGCAAGGAAGCACUACUCAUGUCGCCGCCCAAUAAUGUUCUUAUCGGUGGCUGCAACGGCGAUGUGUUAUCAGCUCUAUGUUAUUGUCAUUGAUUAUGGCUAGCGCUAUCGUACUUUGGUUGUUUAAAUUAGUUGCUUUGCUCUCGGUGGGAGCUGAAACCCAUAGCCUUCAUUUAUCUCUUUGCUGAAACUGAAACUAAAUUCCGAUGUAUAACUUGGUUUUAAAUUUCCUGUCUCCUAGUCAAAAAUAAUAAUAAUAAUUAUUGCUCGUUGCUUGGUGAUGAAAUAGUGAGACCGGUUUACAGUGAGUUAA